GACAGGAGGAGGGACUUGUGGUAAUUCGCAUCUCUUUUCCCAAAGAAGAACUGCGCAACAAUCCUUCCGUCAGACACUUAGUCGGUGGAUUUUGUGUGUUUAGGAUUUACUUCUAUUCGAACUGUGUCUAGCAGCAGGCAGGAUGUCUGUGACUGUUACCAAGGCUGAGGGGGUCGCUGUGUUCAGUUUGACCUCGGACCCCCAAAGUGCUUGGCCUCCUCUGUGCCAGAUCUUCAAGGGUCUUUGCUACAGUCCAGUUUGCUGCUCGGUGUCUCAGAAGCUGAGGAGGAUCCAGAGAAGUUCUCAGUCAGUGCUGGGGACUCUGCAGAUUAUGGUUGGGCUGCUCAAUCUUGGCUUUGGAGCCAUCCUCCUCGGCUCUGACGCUUCUGGGUGGCAAAUGGACUUUACCAAGUUUCCUAUCUGGUUGGGAGUGUUGUUCAUUGUGUUUGGCAUCGUGUGCAUUUUGUCUGAGAAGUACCCCAGUCCAUGUUUGGUCAUCCUCACCGUGGUUCUGAAUCUGGCAGGAGUUGCUUUUGCCAUUACAGCCAUUGUCCUGUACAGCAUCAAUUUAGCGGACACAUAUAUGAGGGGGUGGUAUUGGUAUUGUGACCGUGACGGUUAUGACUACUACGGGUACAGAAGACGUCAUUCUACAACUACUCCAUCUCCUGAGAGGGAUCUCUUGCAGGAGAAGUGCUUGGAGGCCAAAGAACUGGCUCAGAUGCUGGUGUUGGGAAUUAACAUUGUCCUGAUCGUCUUGUCGGUCCUGGAGCUCUGCGUCGUCAUCAGCUCUGCCGUGUUGGGGAUCAAGGCUCUGAGGAGGAGACAGAAGGAAUCAAACAAGAGCCCUGAAGAGCCAGAAUACUUCAAAUCGCUGCUGGAUGAAGUCACCACUGAUCCUGGAGCCUGAAUGUCAGCAGGAACUGUGAUCCUGCAGCUUUAAAUCACUGACUCUCUGUGCUGCAGCGUCAGUGAAGCACACAAAUUCAGAUGGUACAGUCUUCAUAUUCUGGCACUUUGCUGAGCUUUGCUUUAAACUAAAUGCACUUCUACUAUAUCAUUUCUUUAUGUCAGUGAUCUGCACUAAACUGAACAUGCUGCUGUCCAUUUUAAUCCUUGUUUUGGUCUUUACAUGUCACAAUUUUUCUAUGGAGAGAUGUGCCUUACAAGACGUUUGUUGCUAGAAAGGAGUUUGUAGACGUUCAUGUGGCAUUGCUGGGUUUCUGUUUUUUUUUUGUUUGUUUUUUACAAUAUUAUGCAUGCCAAUGAAAAUCAAGGUGUAAAAGCUGUUGACUGUUACGUGUUUUUAUGUGUAUGAAUCUUGAAAAGUGUCUGAAAGGUGAAUCAGUUACAUAUUGUGUCUUCAAACAACAUGUGAAAGGAUGAAGAUGAAUUUAAUAUCAAGCUUGUCUUGAGAUAGAAAGUCUGGAUUAAUAAACUGUAGGUGUUGUGAGCCGCUGUAAUGAAUUACUCAGUGGUGGAAAGUACAUCUAUUCAAAUACCAUUGUGAAGGACCUGCACAUGAAUUACAUAUACAUAUUACUUUACACCGGUACUUAAAUACAGAGGGAAAUAUUGAACAUUUUCUCCACAUAAUUAGAAGCAUCAACAUUUAACUUUCAACAUUAUACUUUUCAAUGUGCUUUUUUAAUUGUUAAUUUGACCGUUCAAAAGUGGCUACUCAGUUAAAUUAAUUAUCAGAGGAAGCGGGAUAGAUGUCUGGAUAAAGGCAGUAUGAAGCUCGGAGAAUUUUCCUCGAACACCAGCCCAGAUGUUCUUUUACUUUUCUUGUGUGUUCAAAUCUCAGUUCACAAAUCUGACAUGAGAAGAUCCACCAGUGUCUGAUUCCCAUACGUUUGACACAAUAUUCAUAUUCAAACUUUACUGUAUUAAGAACGUAUAAAUGGAUAAAUUCAAAUAAAUAUUUCUCCACUUGAA